GGUCAGGCCCUGCGGAAGGCGGAGAGAAGGCGGUCCUGCCCCCGGGAGAAAAAGGAGGGUUACACUAAGGACAUGGUGACAGACUUUGAUGAGAAACAUGAUGAGUAUUUAAUAUUGCUUCAGCAGAGGAACCGCUAGCCCGAGGUCUGGCUCUGAAAUCCCAUCCAGUGUUCCUGAGUGAAGAAAGCCGUGACGUGCCUCAUGGAGAGUAUGUUGUUGGGCAAGCUUGUGCCAGGCCAGGGCUACAGUACUCCAGACUCAUGUUCAGUGUGAAACCCCAUGCCCCUCCGAGUGAUGGGAUUAUGGGGUAUGACCACCAUGCCUAACAUGAAGAUAUCUUCAAACAGAAACACAUAAGCAAGACGCUAGGCUGUCCAGCUGAGUGAAUGCUGUGACCAGAGUUGGCAGGAGCCAAAUCCCAUUCCCCCACAUGAAUCAUGGGAUACUGAAGCAUCUCAAGGCCAAGGACCCUGUGCAGCUGAGGCUGGAGCACUUGGAACAGGGUUUCUCUGUCUAUGUCAAUGGGGCCAACUCAGAGCUGAAGACAUCCCCACGGAAAGCAGUUCACACAGACUUCUCCAGAAUUGCCUCUCAGACUGAGGGGCCGCAAGAUUAUGGACGAGGAACCCUGUUUCGAGAAGCUGAAGAAGCCUUAAGAUGCAGCUCUCGGACAGCACCCAGCAAAGUUCAGCGCCGAGGAUGGCACCAGAAAUCCGUGCAGAUCAGAACUGAAGCAGGCCCACGGCUCUACAUUAAACCUCCUUUGGACUGUUCGGAAGAGUUUGAGCCACAAGGGGAUGCGACUGGCAAGUCCAAGGUCUCCACUGAGGACCAUGCACAGGAGCUGAGAAAAAGCCUGGAACUAGUCGGAGACCUCCAGAAGAAGAAGGGCGGCUCCAGUGAGGAGUACGACUCAAUUGAGGAAGAUGUCCUCUCAGAGCCCGAGGACCUCAUGCUGCGAGGCCAUCCCAGAGAUGAGCUUCUUCUUUCCAGCUGGGACACAGUGCAGAAGGAUACCCCUGAGGAACAGGAGCUGGAAAGCCAGCGUCUCCGGACCACAGACGCAAUUGUAGUGAUGGAGUUUAACCCAACUUCCAGAAGUAAUAAGAGGGAGAGGGUUCUGUCUGCUAAGCGGAAGGACGACGCUGAAGUCUUCCUUCCCAGCAAACUGGAGGGGAACCUGAAUCCACAGCCUCCUGCCGUGUGCCCAGACCAAGAGAGGGCCUGCUCGUCUAGACCGGGCAGCAGGCGAGAGAGACCCCUGUCAGCAACUCGCAAAGCAUGCGCAGCCCAGGACCCGGAGGAAGACGCCUCUGCUGUACUGAAAGCCAUCCAAGUGGAGAAUGCAGCCCUUCAACGAGUAUUCCUCAGCCAAAAGGCGGAAACUCCUGCCAGCCCACGGCAGGAUGUGGAAGGACCACCAGCAAAACCACAGCCCAGUCUGCUGAAGGACAAGGAGGACGGCUCUGAGCUGUUUGCUGUCGCUCCGUUGACCACCACCCCUGAGCUAUCUGGGGCAGCAGGGGCAGCCAAAGCCGUCAGCCAAGCCAUGGACAGAAUGGGCCCUUUGGGAAGCAGACAACAGCAGAAGCUUCUGGAAGUCCUACAGACCAUAGAAAGCGACUCUGCCCAUCUCAGUGGGGUGGCCGCACCAGCAGAGAAACCAGUGCUAGACCCAGAGAACAAGUGGAGAACAAGAACAGAUGAGAUCAAAGAUGCCAUCUAUGUAACCAUGGAAAUCCUGUCGAACUGGGGCAAUGCAUCAUGGGUUGGUCUCACAGAAGUCCAGUUCUUUGACCUGAACAACACAAUGCUUUAUGUUUCACCUCAUGAUGUGGACAUCCGGAACACAGAGUCACCAGGAGAGCUGGGCUACCUCAUCAACAGGGACUUAGUGAACAAGAAAGACCCCCCUGUGUGGAUUUGCCCCUUCCACCCACCACUCCAGCUCUAUUUUGUUAUCCGCAACAUGAGACAGCCUCAAGACUUCGGUCUGGCCAAGAUCAAAGUUCGGAAUUACUGGAUAGAAGAUGAGGAUCUUGACAUUGGCGCCAAGAAUGUGAAACUCUAUGUCAACAAAAACCUCGUCUUUGAUGGUGUGUUAGAUAAAGGGAGUGGUGAGGCCCCUGCUGACUGCAAUAUCCUGGUUGAACAGAAAAUUGAGAAUGAGAAUCCAGAGAAGGCCCUGGACACUGACUGGGAAGAAAGCAGAGAUGCCCCCAGAAUGGCUGGCAUGAACAGAGACAAGAAGCUUGGACUCAGCUGCUCACAGUCAGUGGAUAUGACAGUUUCCUCACAAGGAGAUUUCCUUGGUGAAAGGAUGAGUUCUACAAAUUUCUGGAAGGACAGUUUGUUCAAGUUGCAAGAUGAUGUAAGACUACCGGUAGCCUCUGUCUCAGUGGAUGAUGGACCCAGUGUCCCUUCUUCCUCCCCCACUGGAAAAUGUCCUCCUUUGGGCAAGGAGCCCUCUUUAAUCCAACAACUGGAAAACCUCACAGGCAGGAGAAUCUCUGAGAUCCCUGGGAAAACUCCACACUGGUUACAGCCUUCUCCCACAGGCAUGGGCAGGAAGCAAGCAGACCAGAAACCCAAACCCCUGUGGCUUAGUCCUGAGAAGCCUCUGGAUCAGAAGAACAAGCUCCCAUCUGAUGAUGUCCUCAGUGAUGCUCCUGGAGAGAUAGAGGCCAAGGAAAAGGGUCCCCGUGAGCAAGGGCGGACCACCAGCUGGAAUGUGAUUGCUGGGGAGAGACCUCAGAGGGAACCCUCCAAAGCCUGUGGUGAUGACUUGGACAUGUUUAACCAGCCCCCUACCCGGGAGCGCACUGCUAGUGGGAGGAGGGGCCCAAAGAAGGAUGCUGUCAGUGGUAGUGAUGGUGAUGACCAACCAGCCAGCAAAGAAGACACUCAGGCCACCAGGAUGCUGUCCUGGCUGCAGUGGGGCAAUGAGCAAGAACACACGUUGCAUGAAUCAUGGGACUCCCUCAGUGCUUUCAACCGCUCCCACCGGGGCCGCAUCUCCACCCUAGAGCCUCAGAGAGACAUCUUGGAUGAGUUCUUGAAGCAGCAAAGGGGCGGCUGGUUCGAGGACUCACCAGCCCCCUGGAGGGAGGAGCCCUCGAAAGGACAGGGAAGCACCUCCAUGGAGGCAGAUGAUGACAGCGACUUUAAAAUCCCUGUCCUGCCUUAUGGACAGCACUUGGUCAUUGACAUCAAGUCCACAUGGGGGGACAGGCACUAUGUCGGCCUUAACGGCAUAGAGAUCUUCAGUUCCACUGGGGAGCCAGUGAAGAUUUCCAGCAUUACAGCAGAUCCCCCUGACAUCAAUAUUUUACCAGCUUAUGGGAAAGACCCCCGUGUGGUCUCCAACCUUAUUGAUGGGGUAAACAGGACCCAGGAUGAUAUGCACGUGUGGCUGGCCCCCUUCACACCAGGCAUGGCCCAUUCCAUCUCCAUCGAAUUUACACAUCCUUGCCAAGUCGCCCUGAUCAGAAUUUGGAAUUACAAUAAGUCUCGGAUACACUCCUUCCGUGGUGUAAAGGACAUCACCAUGCUGUUGGACACACAGUGUAUCUUUGAAGGUGAAAUUGCCAAGGCAUCAGGAACCCUGAUGGGAGCCCCUGAGCACUUUGGAGACACCAUACUGUUCACCACUGACGAGGACAUCCUGGAGGCCAUAUUCUGCUUGGAUGAAACGUUCGACAUGGACAUAGAGAGUCUGUGUGGACUGCAGCCCGAGGAGGCACUGAGGAGGCCCAGCACAGCUGACAGUGAGGACCAGGAGGAGAGGCCCUUCACACAGGCUGGCAUGGGCACAGAGGACCAGGUACCAGGGCUAGUGCUGUCGCCCAAUGUCCCUGUCUCUGAAGUCACCACACCGGAGCCGGGCAUCUUCCAUGGGCUGCGCCUCCGAAUAAACUUCACUGCCUCCUGGGGGGACCUGCACUACUUAGGGCUCACUGGCCUGGAAGUAGUAGGCAAGGAUGGCCAGGCCCUGCCCAUCCUCCCACACCAGCUCUCUGCCUCCCCCAGGGACUUAAAUGACCUGCCUGAGUAUACCGAUGACUCCCGGACCCUGGACAAGUUAAUCAAUGGCAUCAACAUCACCAUGGAAGAUGAGCAUAUGUGGCUGGUCCCCUUCUCCCCUGGGCUGGAGCACGUGGUCAUGAUCUGCUUUGACAGAGCCCAAAGCAUCGCUGGCCUGCGCUUCUGGAACUACAAUAAAUCUCCCGAGGACACCUACCGAGGGGUCAAAAUCGCCCAUGUGUCUCUGGAUGGCCUGUGUGUGUCUCCUGCAGAAGGCUUCCUCAUCAGGAAGGGGCCUGGCAACUGCCACUUUGAUUUUGCUCAAGAAAUCCUCUUUGGAGACUACCUGCAGACCCAGCUGCCACCAGCACCAGCCAGGAGACUUGAUGCAAAGAGCCUGGAGCGAGCCAGCAUGGAUUAUGAGGCCCCACUCAUGCCCUGUGGCUUCAUCUUCCAGUUCCAGCUACUGUCCAGCUGGGGUGACCCCUACUAUAUUGGUCUCACAGGCCUGGAGCUGUAUGACCAACAUGGGGAGAGGAUCCACCUGUCCCACAACAAUAUUGCUGCCUUCCCUGACAGUGUGAAUGCCCUGGAUGGUGUGUGUGGGGACGUGCGAACUCCGGACAAGCUUAUCGACCAAGUUAAUGACACCAGUGAUGGCAGGCACAUGUGGCUGGCCCCCAUCCUGCCUGGCCUGGUGAACAGGGUCUAUGUCAUUUUUGAUCUGCCCACCACUGUGUCAAUGAUCAAACUGUGGAAUUAUGCAAAAACACCCCACCGUGGGGUAAAGGAGUUUGGCCUGCUGGUGGAUGACUUGCUGGUGUACAAUGGCAUCUUGGCCAUGGUGGGCCACCUGGUCGGUGGUAUCCUGCCCACAUGUGAGCCCACUGUGCCCCACCACACCAUCCUCUUCGCUGAGGACACCGACUUCUGUCACCAGGAGAGGCACACCAACGUCAGUAAGCCAGCAGAAGACCAGGACAUACAGAUGAUGAAUGAAAACCAGGUCAUUACCACUGCGAGGAGGAAGCCAGGCGCUGCUGACCCAGCCUUACGCCCCAAAACCUGCAUAAGCGAGAAGGAGACAGCAAGGCACUGGCGAUACUGACUGAAGCAGGAGGGAGAGUCGCUCCUCUGGGCCAGCAAGGCUCUGUCACCAGUCUUGUGUGGCACCUGUGUCCCUCGGACUUCAGGGUUGGCCAACUUAGACCCCAAGGAAACCUCAGCGUGGAAGGACAAGGGACUUGGAUGACAGCCCUAGGAGCUACAGGGGUCAGAUGAAAGGGGACAGGAACGGAGUGGAACCCCUGCUGCAAUGGGCUGACUGCUGGGAGCCAGAGACACUUUGUACUCUGUGCCUCUCCUGUGCCAUCCAGAAGAGCAGGACUGUGAUGCCCCAGGCCUGGAUGGGCCUGACUCUAGGCCAGAGCUGGGCCAGACAGGGCAGGAGACUCGGCUUGAGCCCCAGCAAUGAGCAUGAGGCCCACACCCCUGACUGCACUGCCCUACUCACCUGGACAGCUGAGCUGCUUAGGGGCCCUCUGUUCCCCUCAUCUAUGCAGUGCCCCUAGAGGCCCUGAGUGAAGAGGAGCUCCUCAGUGUAGAUAGUCCAGAGUGGCCUCUGUCUCCUGGCCAAGCUGGACUCAGGAUGGACCAGAGGUGUGUGUCCUGCGGAGAAGGAGUGAGUUGGACUGGCUGCUCUCCUCCCAUGUGACCCCCUCCUUUCCCUCCCUGUCCCCCACCCCAAAGUCAGAGUGGGAAGGGAGAGGCCCAGGAUGGACCCUUCUCCCUGCAGCCUGGCUACAAGAAGCCCAGAUGCCUGUAUUUUCAUCCAUGUAACAAGCUCAGAUCAGGGACCUAAUCGGUCUCCUAGUAGUGGGUAAUUUCUGGUUCCAAAUAUUAAUCUGUUGUUUUCCUGGCUUGGGGCCCAGUGUGCCACCGCAGCACUGAACUCAGUACGUUCCUAUGCAACUAAGCACUGUGAGGGCUUCCAAGCAGCUGCCCAGCAGCUGUGCAGAUGCAUUCAUUCAGAGUGGCUGAUGUGCUGAUAGGAUUGCUUCUCUGGUGAGGAUCCAUCAUUACUAGCCUCCAGGUCCCUCUGGCUCCCACAUGGGCACACCAGGGCCUCUUGUUCCCAGGAGGGUGAUCAGACCAGCUCCUAGGAGAAAACCAUGACCACUGCUUCAACAAGAACUGGCUUGUACCCCACCCAGGGGUGGGCACAGGUGGAUUUGCCUGGGAUAUCCACUUCUGUGGCCGUGGUGCCUGCUUGCUCCAGCAACCCCCGCUGCUGUUCAUAAUUGCGUGUUCUGUGCAGUCUCGGAGGGAAGGCAGUGGCACAGACAUUAACUCUGAAAUAAAUGUCUAUUUUUCUCUCUUGUGAAAUCAAUAAAAGAUAUUAUUAAGAGUAGGGUGUGACACACUGGAUGGGGUCUGCAGAAAGGAACCCUCCCUGGCUCCAACCCUGAGUCAGAGCCCAUUUGAGGCUUGCUAAAAACUCAGGCAAGUGCUAUGCUGAGCUGAGCUCCACAGUGACCUGCAGACGGGGCAUGGCCUUGGCCUGCUUUCUCCAUGGGCUCCUUAUGCCACACCGUGUGAACAGACCAGGAGAUGGUGCAUACAUAAUGUUAUUACAUGUCUGGCACUAACUGUUCAGUCUACAUUAAAA